GAGUUAAAAAGUACCGAAAUUUUAAAAAAAGAACAGGUGGAUUAAGCAAACUAAUCCAACCCGCUAAAUUUUACGUUUAAACGGGCUGACGACCCAAUCAUCUAACAGCCCUGGUCCGUCAAAAGCGCGCGCUCAUGUCUUUCAUCAUAAGAAGCUGCACAAUUUUCAAACCCUAGCUUUUUCUGCCAUCGAAUCCGCUGGAACCUCAGCAAACAAACCCUAACUUUUCACCUUCAAUGAAGCUUCCGCCAGAAACCAAAGCGAUGGAGCCACCACCGGUUCCAAAGCGGCGGGGUCGACCGCCGAAACAGAGAAGAACAGAGAAUGGAAAGGUAACCGAUGUUCCGAAGAAGCCUAAGCCAAUUGUAUUGAUUGGAAGGUACGUUUUGAAGCAGUUUCCGAAACGCGCUCGAAUUGGAAAAGUUGUAAGCUAUAAAAUUGGUUUAUAUAGGGUCGAGUUUGAAAACCGUGUUUCUGAGGAUUUGGAUAGUGGUGUUAUUCGGAAAAUUCUUUUGGAGGAUUGUGAUUUGGAUUUGGAUGAUGGUUUGAUUAAAAGGAAGAAGAAAUUGGAUGGAUUGUUGUCGCGUAAGAUUGAUGAGGCAAAGAAGAAGAAGAAGUCGUCUGAAUUGCGAGAGGAGAAUGACAAGGAACAAGAUGUAAUGGGAGAAGUAACGGACGAUUCCAUGGAUUUAUGUUCAAAGGCUGAAACUCGGCUUGAAUCGCCAAUGUUAGACUUGCCGCCGAAGUUGGAAUUACCGCCGUCUUCUCGAACUAUUGGUGUGCCGGAGAAUUAUGUUUCACACCUGUUUUCAGUUUAUGCAUUUCUAAGAUCAUUCAGCAUUAGAUUGUUUCUGAGUCCUUUUACUUUGGAUGACUUCGUUGGUGCUCUUAACUGUCGUGUCUCGAAUACUUUGCUUGAUGCUGUUCAUGUUUCUUUGUUGCGUGCUUUGAAACGUCAUCUGGAAAGUCUUUCAGCUGAGGGCUCCAAGAUUGCAUCAAAAUGCCUUAGGUACAGUGAUUGGAGCUUGCUUGAUGCAUUGACUUGGCCUGUUUUCUUAAUUCAAUAUGUAACAGUUAAUGGAUACACUAAGGGGUCUGAGUGGAAAGGAUUUUAUAAUGAGAUUUUAUGUGGCGAGUAUUAUUCAUUGCCUGCAAGUAGGAAGUUAAUGAUAUUGCAAAUUCUAUGUGAAGAGGUUUUGGAGUCUGAGGAGCUAAAAGCUGAAAUGAACAUGCGUGAAGAAUCAGAGGUCGGGAAGAAUUAUGAUGCUGAGGACAUUCCUCAUGCAGAAAAUGAACCGAAAGGAGUCCAUCGACGACAUGCCAAAACUGCUGAUUGCCAGGAUGAAGAAUCUCUGAAGUCUGUUUCAAAAUUAGAUGCUGUGAACUUACCUGGUAAUUCUGAGGACGAGGUUGACAAUAAUGGAGAUGAAUGUCGCCUCUGUGGCAUGGAUGGGACCUUGCUUUGUUGUGAUGGAUGUCCCGCUGUUUAUCAUUCAAGGUGUAUUGGUGUGAUGAAGAUGUAUAUACCAGAAGGGGAAUGGUAUUGUCCAGAGUGUAAAAUAAAUAUGACCGGGCCAACAAUUGCACGGGGAACAUCUCUUAAAGGGGCUGAAAUAUUUGGAAUGGAUUUGUACGGGCAACUAUUCAUGGGUACUUGCGACCACCUACUUGUGCUUAAUGACAGCAGCAGUGAAUUUUGUCUUAAAUACUACAAUCAGAUUGACAUUCCUGAAGUUAUCCGAGUGCUUUAUGCUUCCAUGCAACAUAGACAUGUAUACUCCAGUAUUUGCACAGCGGUGUUACAAUAUUGGAAUAUUUCAGAAAGCUUCUUACUCCCAUGUGUUCCAAACGGAGUACAUAUAAACUCAGAAUAUUCAAAGAUAGAUGAAGACACCUCUGCUGCAUUACUUCCUCAUGUGGUUGAAAAUGACCAUAAAGAUGUUAGUUUUGGUAAACCAGAAUACAGUCUAGCAUCUGUUGAUGGGAUUUGCAGUGAUAAUAUGGUCCCAUCUCUUGAUGCUUCGUUGGUCACCAGUAGUCCCACUCGUGAAACCAGUGACAAUACUAUAACUAAGGAGUCCCCUAGCACGAAUAUGAAACUUCAGAAGGAAACUGUGAUGAGUUCUGGUGUUUUUACUGUUAACCACCAGUCUGACACAAAUUGCCAAAAUCCUGAUAACAGAUCAAAUGCGGCUAUUCUUGCCAAGUGCUCCUCGGUAAGCAACCAAUUUAUUACUUAUGGGCAUGCAAAUGACAUGGGAUUGCCUAUGAAUUUGUCUUUGCAAACUAAAGGUGAUCAAACUGGUUUUGGAAAGGGCAAAGGAAAUAUAACUAAUGAUUUUGUAUAUAUGGGUUGCUCCUAUAAACCUCAGUCAUACAUUAAUUACUAUAUGCAUGGUGAUUUUGCUGCAUCUGCUGCUGCUAACUUGGCCAUUCUUUCUUCAGUGGAUUCUAGAUCAGAAGGUCACGUGACUGACUUGAGGAGAGCUACAUCUGAAAACACUAACUUGUUAGAAAAAGCAUUCUCAUUAACAGUUUCAUGCUUCGUUUGGCCAAGUUCUGACAAGAAGCUUGCGGAGGUUCCAAGAGAGAGGUGUGGCUGGUGCCUUUCUUGUAAAGCCCCUGCUUCAAGCAAGAAAGGAUGCAUGUUAAAUCAUGCUGCUAUAUGUGCUACCCAAAGUGCCGUGAGAAUCUUUUCGGGUCUUGCUCCUGUAAGGAGUGGAGAAGGAAUUGGCCCUACCAUUGCAACAUAUGUCAUAUAUAUGGAGGAAAGCUUACAUGGUUUAAUAGACGGGCCCUUUCUUAGUGGAAACUAUAGAAAGCAAUGGCGUGAACACAUGGAAAGGGCCACAUCAUUUAAUAGCAUAAAGCCCCUUUUACUUAAACUUGAAGAGAACAUUCGCUCAAUUGCUUUUUGUGGCGAAUGGUUGAAGCUGACUGAUGAGUGGUUGGUUGAAUCUCUUACAAUACAAAGUGCUACAUCUAUUCUUGGAACAACAGAGACCCGUGCAUCAUGCGAUAGAUGUAGAAAACAACCUAUCAAAUAUGCAGCUGGCCCUUGCCGUGAGAACUUUGGCUGGCGGAAUAGCAAAUUUACCAAAUCUGUGUUUCAGAAAGCUGCAUUGCCAAAAUACAUGGUCAGAAGAGCAGCUAGGCAAGGUGGUUCAAAGAAAAUUUUGAGUAUUAUCUAUCCUGAUUCUGGUGUCUCUGAAAUUCCUAAGAGAAGCCGACAGCUGAUUUGGAGAGCUGCCGUUCAAAUGAGUAGGAGUGCAUCACAACUUGCACUUCAGGUCCGUUAUCUGGAUUUGCAUAUCAGAUGGAUUGAUCUGAUUCGGCCAGAGUAUAACCUCCAGGAUGGAAAAGUUCAAGAUACUGAAGUUUCUGCUCUUAGAAAUGCAAAUAUUUGCGACAAAAAGCGAGAAGAGGGAAAAACAUCAUAUGAUAUAGAUUUUGGGAGCAAAAAGCAUAUUCCUUCUCGGGUAUUGAAGAAUGCUAAAAUUGUUCAAGGGCCAAAAGGAGAGAAGUACUGGUUUUCCGAAACACGCAUUCCUUUAUAUUUGAUAAAAGAGUAUGAAGUAAGCAAUGAAAAAAAGCUAUCAUAUGAAGAUAACUUGAAUAUUGCAUCUCAAUGGCACAAAAAGCGGUUGAAUGCUAUCUUCAUGGACAUAUUUUCUUACCUCACUCACAAGAGAGACAAUUUAGACAUGCCAUCAUGUUCUGUAUGUAAGCAGGGUGUUUUAUUUAGGAAUGCUCUCAAGUGCAGCGCAUGUCUAGGUUAUUGUCAUGAGGGCUGUUCAAUAAUUCCAGCUUUCCCGAUGUAUACAGACGCUGAGUUCUUGACCACAUGCAAACAAUGUUAUCACACCAGAUUACUUACUCAAAAAGAGAUUAAUAACAAAUCUCCAACCAGUCCCUUAUCGUUAAAAGGACAUGAACACAGCUCCUUGACAAUUUUGAAGGGACUAAAGCCUAAAUGUGAUAAUCAAAUACUGUUAUCUACCAGGGCAGAGGAUUGUCGAUCUGACAUUGAAAAAGUUGCUUCGUAUUCCUCUAUGGAAGCAAAAAGCAGUCGCAGAAAAUCUUGGGGUAUUAUAUGGAAAAAGAAUAACAGUGAAGAUACAGGCCUUGAUUUCAGGCUAAAAAAGAUAAUUCUGAAGCGGCGUACAAGCUUGCCUCAAUUGGAACCUGUUUGUCACUUGUGCCAAAUGCCAUAUAGGCCUGAUCUAAUGUAUAUCGGCUGUGAAACAUGUACCAGGUGGUAUCAUGCUGAAGCUCUUGAACUUGAAGAGUCCAAAAUAUUUUCUGUGCUUGGCUUCAAAUGUUGCAAGUGUCGCAAGAUAAAGUCACCUGCAUGUCCUUACUCACAGGCUUCCAAGAAAAAAGAUCCUGGAGCAGAUUCUGGUUCUGGAACACUAGCUGACACAAGAGCAAGUGAGCCUGAUACACCGAUCUUUCCUGCAGAGGAGGUUUGUAAACGCAGAACACUAGCUGACGCAAGAGCAAGUGAGCCUGAUACGCCGAUCUUUCCUGCAGAGGAGGUUUCUAAACACAGAACACUAGCUGACGUAAGAGCUAGUGAGCCUGAUACACCAAUCUUUCCUGCAGAGGAGGUUUCUAAACGCAGAACACUAGCUGACGCAAGAGCAAGUGAGCCUGAUACGCCGAUCUUUCUUGCAGAGGAGGUUUCUAAACGCAGAACACUAGCUGACGCAAGAGCAAGUGGGCUUGAUACCCCAAUCUUUCCUGCAGAGGAGGUUUCUAAAAAAGAGAACAAUCCUCUGUCAUUUUCUCUUUCAAAUGUCGAACUGAUUGCAGAACCCAACUUUGAGGUAGAUGCAGGAAUUGAAUCUAACCUCGUCUCUGGGUCAGUCCUUCAGAAAAUGCCAACAAGAAGCCAUUUUAAACCUGAGGGGGACAGUAAUGGCUCUUUUGGAGGUCAAAUUCCACAUGCUGGAAUUUCGGAUGAAAUGGAUAAUCUGCCUGCAGAAGUUUUCCCACCUUUUGUAGAACAGGACUCUCUCUCUGCUCACUACAAUUUUCUGAAUUACUCUGAAAUUGAAGCCAAUGAAUACACUGAGUUUGAAACCGAGUCUGAACUUAUGGACAUAGACUUUGAGGAAGCUUAUGCACCUGGUGACUUGUCAGGAAUUGCCGAUUCUUGUACACUAGAUGUUCCUGAAGAACUUGCAUCUACUAGUUUAAAUAACAACCAGGGACCUACAAUUUCAUCAAAUCGAAAUGUUCAUAGUUGUGCAGAAUGUUCACAAACGGAACCAGCCCCAGAUCUCAAUUGUGAGGAUUGUCCGAUGAGGAUUCACAAAAAGUGUUCACGCUGGAUUGAAUCAUCAUCUAUGCUUGAAGAAGAAUGGAAGUGUGGUAAUUGCAGGAAUUGGUCGUAGCUGAAUUAGUUAUCAUUUCAACGAACAAUCCAUAUGUCUCAAGAAUAUGGGUAUGAAUUAGUUCAGGUAUAAACGAGUUGAAUCCGUUGCAGUGGAACUUGUGCCAAAUGUAUUGCGAGCAUGCAAUGUUAACUAGAAUGCAAGGUUUUGUGAUUUUUCUUGUCGGAGAUCAUCGCAGCUUCCCCAGCAGACCCAAUUUUUGUUAGUGAUUUUACUUUCAACAGUUUUGAGUUCGGUUGAAUGCUGGGCAUAUCAACUGAAUUAUACUCCCUAGUUUCUUUUAGGAUUCCCCAGCAGACCCAAUUGUUUGAUUUUCAGAAAUUUGUUCCUUGGGAGAUAAGCAGUUUUAUGGAGCUUAUCUGAUAGUAUUUUUUUUGCACAAAUUAAUAAUGUUCAAUAAUAUUUGUUUAGGGUGAAUGUUUGGUAUUCACAUUUAUUAUUUUUUGACAAAGAUAAUGUUAAUAAUUGGAUAAUUCCCAUUUA